AUGUCAUUCUGUGGUACAGCUGCCUGGAUGGCGCCCGAAAUCAUCAAAAAAGAACCAUGCUCCGAAAAAGUUGAUAUUUGGAGUUUUGGAGUGGUACUGUGGGAGCUGCUGACGCAAGAGGUGCCUUAUAAAGAUGUUGAUUCCAUGGCAAUUAUUUGGGGCGUUGGUUCAAACAACUUAAGUUUGCUGAUACCUACCACAGCACCUGAGGGGAUGAAAUUAUUGUUGAGACAGUGCUGGAGUAUCAAACCGCGAAAUCGUCCAUCAUUUAUGCAUAUUUUAACGCAUAUUGCGGUUUUCAAGUCAGAAAUUGCAACCAUAACUGACGAGGAAUGGACGGCCAAAAAGGCCCGCUGGAAAGCUGAUGUCAUCGAAUACAUGAAGAGCAUUCGUCAAGAGAAACCGGUAGCACAGCAGAAUAAAGAUGACAGUGGUAUUUUUCUUACCCAUUAG